CUUUUCUUUUAAAUUCAAGUAUCUGUAAUACUUGGUUCAAAACUAAUACUGAUAAUUUAAACUUUAUAUACCUUGCUCAAUUCAUUACUUAUUACUAUAAAGCAUGGUUUGAAUAUCAACCAAUCUAUAUUUUACUUAAGUUUAAAAAAUAUAGAAAAUAUGAAUAUCCAUUUGAUUGUUCUACAUAUAAACAAUUUGAAGGAAAUACAUUAGAAUUUUGGGAAUUUACUUCUUUCUCGACUAAGGAAUUAAGACCUUUAGCUGUAUAG